AUGGCGACGAAGCGCGCGAAGACGGCCGCGAGGGACGAUGACGACGUCGUCGACGCCGCGCGCGCGUCGGAGGAGGAGGACGGACGCGGCGUGGGCGGUGAUGAGACGAAUGAUGAUGGAUGCGAUGCGACGCGCGACGCCCCGUUGCUCGUGCGCGCGGACGCGGAGGCGUCGUACGACGAUCUCACGGGCGCGGCGUUGACGGGCAUCGAGGCGCGGGCGAUCGAGGCGGAGAAGGAGCUGGUGGCGGCGAGAACGGCGAAAUCGCCGGAGAAAGGGACGGGUGGGGACGCGCGCGAGACGAAGCUGGAUGAGCGCAAGUUUAAACAGCUGGACGCGUUGUUGGAUCAGACGACGAUUUAUUCGCAGUUUUUGAGCGAACAGAUGGAUACGUUGGAGGAAGAGGAGGGUGGUGCGAGCGGGCGGAGUCCGAAUGGGACGAAUGGGAAGCGUGGGACGGAUGGGAAAUCGACGACGCUGGGAAAGCGGAAAAAGAUGAGCGAGCAGGAGGAGUUGGAGGCGACGAAGAAAAUGCUUCCGCUCAUGGAGGGCGGAUCGAUGCGGGAUUAUCAGUUGAAGGGAGUGAAGUGGAUGAUUUCGCUGUAUCAGAACGGGUUGAACGGGAUCUUGGCGGAUCAGAUGGGUCUGGGGAAGACGGUGCAGACGAUCGGUUUUCUCUCGCACCUGCGAUCGAAGGGCGUCUUGGGGCCGUACUUGGUGAUCGGUCCGCUCUCGACGCUGAGUAACUGGGUGAGCGAAUUUCAGCGAUGGACGCCGUCGAUUCCGGUUAUUUUGUACCACGGCACCAAGCAAGAGCGUGCGGAGAAGCGCAUGGAGCACCUGCCGACUACGACUCCGAUCAAGCCCACGUUUCCAGUCAUCGUCACCUCGUACGAAGUCGUCAUGGCGGAUCGAAAGUUUUUGCAAAAGUACAAUUUCAAGUAUUUGGUCGUGGACGAGGGUCACAGAUUGAAGAACUUUGAUUGCAAACUCAUUCGUGAGCUCAAGUACAUUCCGACGGCGAACAAGCUGUUGCUCACUGGGACGCCGCUGCAAAACAACCUCCCAGAGCUGUGGUCGCUCUUGCACUUCUUGCUCCCAGACGUCUUUAGCUCGCUGUCGCAGUUCCAGUCUUGGUUCGAUUUUGCGGACAACAUCGGGAAUGAGGAUGAAACGCAAGCGGACGUUGACAAGAAUGAGCAAGAGCAUCGCGCCCGCGUCGUGCAGAAGUUGCACGGGAUUUUGAGACCGUUCUUACUGCGCCGAUUGAAGGGUGACGUCGAGCUUUCGCUCCCGCGCAAAAAGGAAAUCCUCCUGUAUGCGCAGAUGGUCCCCAAGCAGCGCGAUUUCAACGACGCGCUCGUGAAUAAGACGAUGCAGGAACUGUUGCAACAAGUCGCCGGUAGUGGUCGCAUCCCAGUCGGACACACCGCGGUGAACAAUUUGCUCAUGCAGUUGAGAAAAAAUUGUAACCACCCAGAUCUCAUCACGGGCGGCUUGGACGGCUCGAUCAUGUUCCCGUCAGCGGAUGAACUCGUGGAGCAGUGCGGUAAGAUGCAAUUGCUCGACCGCUUGAUGAAGAAGCUUCGCGCGCGCGGACACAAGGUUUUGGUUUUCUCCCAGAUGACGCGCAUGUUGGACUUGCUCGAGUCGUACUUUCAACAACGCGGAGAAAACGUUUGCCGCAUCGAUGGCUCAGUCAAGCAAGACGACAGACGCGAAUUCAUCGCAAAAUUCAACACCGAUCCCGAUUACGGAAUCUUUUUGCUCUCCACGCGUGCCGGAGGUUUGGGGAUCAACCUCACCGCCGGGGACACGGUCAUCAUUUAUGACUCAGAUUGGAACCCGCAUCAAGACUUGCAGGCGAUGGAUCGCGUGCACAGAAUCGGUCAGACCAAGCCCGUGCACGUCUACCGCCUCGCCACGGCGAAAUCGGUGGAGGGCAAGAUGUUGAAGAAGGCGGCGUCCAAGCUCGCGCUCGAAAAGCUUGUCGUCACCGGCGGCGGUUUCAAGCAAGAGAAGACGGAUGGCGACCGCGCGUUGGGCGCCGAAGAGCUCAUGGCCCUCCUCAAGGGCGAGACCGCCCCAGGAGACGAGGACUUACCGCAGAGCGCAAACAUUUCCGACGCCGACCUAGACGUCAUCCUCGACCGACGCGAUUUACUCGGUGAGAUCCCACCCAACCCGGAGCGCGGCGUCGGAUGGGAAGACGUCGAGGAUCGUUCCGGAAUGAGUCUCCUCGGUAACGUCUCCGAGACUUGA